CCCCCCCCCCCCCCCCCCGCGGCGCGCCCAGCGCCUCGUGGAUGAGUCGUGGUGGUAGGUAGGUAGCUAGAUCGAUGAAGGUGCUGUGCUCCGCGUGCGAGGCGGCGGAGGCGCGGGUGCUCUGCUGCGCCGACGACGCCGCCCUCUGCGCGCGCUGCGACCUCCACGUCCACGCCGCCAACCGCCUCGCCGGCAAGCACCACCGCCUCCCCCUCCUCUCCUCCUCCUCUUCUUCCUCCUCUCCCUCCCCCCCGACCUGCGACAUCUGCCAGGACGCCCACGCCUACUUCUUCUGCGUCGAGGACCGCGCCCUCCUCUGCCGCGCCUGCGACGUCGCCGUCCACACCGCCAACGCCCUCGUCUCCGCCCACCGCCGCUUCCUCCUCACCGGCGUCCACGUCGGCCUUGACGCCGCCGCCGACGACGACGACAAACACCCCCCACACCCCUUGUCGUCGUCGCUGCCGCGCAACACGGCACCGCCCCCGCAGCCGCCGCCGAAGCGCAGCCCCUCGCCGAUCUACAGCGAUGACGACGUCAUCGACUGGGCCACCGGUGGCCACGACAUCGGCAUCACCGGCAACCUGCCCGACUGGUCGCUCGUCGACGAGCAGUUCAACACCCCUGCGCUGCCGCCGGUGGUGACCAAGACCCCGCCGAAGCGGGCCUCCCGUGGCCCCGUCACGGCCGGCACCGCCGCGGCGGUGUUCGGCAACCUCGCCGGCGGAUCGCCGGACUGGCCGCUCAACGAGUUCUUCGGCUUCGCCGACUUCAGCUCCGGCUUCGGCUUCGCCGAGAACGGCACGUCCAAGGCGGACAGCGGCAAGAUCGGGAGCAUGGACGGCUCGCCGAACGGCGGCAGGUCGUCGUCGUCGUCCUCCUCCUCCUCCGCCGCCGCCGCCGGCGGCGGCGGCGGCGGCCAGGACUUCUUCGGCCAGGUGCCGGAAGUUCACUGGGCCGUGCCGGAGCUCCCCUCGCCGCCCACGGCGUCAGGGCUCCACUGGCAACGGGACCCGCGCUACGGUGGCGGCGCCACCGACGCCAGCGCGGUGUUCGUGCCGGACAUCUCCUCGCCGGAGAACCCCUUCCGUUGCUUCGCCGCCGCCGCCGCCGGUGACCAUACCAUGAAACGCCGGAGGAGAUGCUAAUUAAGAAGCGCGGCAACAAAAUGAGAGAAAAAAAAUGAAAGAGAGAGAAAAUGUUCGAGUUGGUACAUGUAGUAGGAGUAUUUGAGUGUGAGAUUAAUUAGUGGUAAUCCGUUGAAGUAAAUUGAUGUACUUGGCUAGCUAGCCUGCUACUAGGUGAUCGCUUACUCUGUAUUAGUGGAUAUAAUAGCUUUGGAUCUGAUUAAUUAGGGGCUGCAAUGCUGCAUUUGUGUAACGUUUUGUGUUAGUUACUACUCUCCUCCGUCCCUAAAUAUAAGUGAUUUUGGCUGUCUAAUUAAAAUCCCUUAUAUUUAGAGACGGAGGGAAUAGAAAUUAAGGACAGUGAAAAGAAAACGAAAUAAAGUGGAGAAAAUUGCAAAUCAAUUUGUUUCA